GAAGAGAAGAAGAAAAUGAAGAAGUAGUAGUAGUAGUAGAAGUGACGACAGCAAAGUCCAGCAGAGGACAUAGGACAAGAACCUGCGUCGCAGUGACAGGAAGUGCUUGUCCACAGUUCCGGUAGACCGAGACAGGGAGAGUCAUUCACAGUGAAGGUGGCGGUGCAGCCACGGGUAGAAGACCCGCGGACCAGCGCAGGCUCCGCUACACUUCCAUUCAGAUGCCUCAUGGGCCCUCAUGCAAGACGAUGAUGUCGUUCCCCCACAGCAACCCACCACAGCCACAAAUAGAUUGCAGUCCUGCGGGAAACAUUGCUUUGUCCAAAAAUUGGUCACGGACGAAACAUUUGUGACCUGAUCCGCAUUAGGUCGUCAGCGUGACUGACAGGAGGCGCGUCCAUCAGGAGUGGUGAGAGCCGCCAAUCAGAAGGGGAGACAUGUUGAGGCAGGGCGGGCGUGCGGCCUUGGCCUUAAUGUCAUUACAGCUGCUGCUAUGGCACGAGACUGUGACAAUCGAAGUUCCGCAAGACCCAAAGAUCCUGGCAGACCUGAAACAGCCCCCGACUAUAACCAAGGAGUCAGUGAAGGACUACAUUGUGGACCCCAGAGAUAACAUCAUCAUCGAGUGUGAGGCCAAGGGCAACCCUGUGCCAAUGUUCUCAUGGCGAAGGAACGGGAAGUUUUUCAACAUCGGGAAAGAUCCCCGUGUGACAAUGCGGAAACGCUCGGGAACCCUGGAAAUCGGUUUCCGUAACGGAGGACGUCCAGAGGAUUAUGAAGGAGAGUACCAGUGUUUUGCCAGCAAUGAACAUGGAGUGGCGCUUUCCAAUAAAAUUCUACUCCGGGUCUCCAAGGCUCCUCUGUGGCCUAAGGAGGUGCUGGAGCCGGUGGUGGUGACUGAAGGCACAGCGUUGGUCCUCCCCUGCAACCCCCCUCCAGGCCUCCCUCCCCCAUUCACUUUCUGGAUGAAUAGCAUGAUGAGUCCGAUCCCUCAGGAUAAGCGAGUGUCAAAGGGGUUAAACGGAGACUUGUAUUUCUCCAACGUGGUGGCCCACGAUGCUAACGACGACUACAGCUGCAAUGCCCGCUUUCCCUUCACCCACACCAUCCAGCAGAAGAACCCCUUCACUCUCAAAAUUCUUACCAACGAGCUGUAUAAUGACACCUCUUACAAUGCCAGUGACCCCUAUGGUGGCCGUAAAGUAUCCGAGUCGACGCCAACCUUCCUCUCACCGUUGGGCAGUGAGAGCUCCAAAAUGGUGCUGAGAGACGAGCAACUACUGCUGGAGUGUAUUGCUGCAGGACUACCCACACCAACGAUCAAAUGGUUUAAGAAAGGAGGGGAUCUGCCAGGACGGAAAGUGAAGUUUGAGAAUUACAACAAGACCCUGAAAGUGAUCAAUGUGUCAGAGGAGGAUGCUGGAGAGUAUGUAUGCAUGGCCAACAAUCACUUAGGCAGCAUACGCCACUCCAUUUUUGUUCAAGUGAAAGCGGCUCCUUACUGGCUGGACAAACCUACAAACCUGGUACUCGCCCCAGAAGAGAAUGGGCGGCUGGUGUGUCGGGCAAAUGGCAACCCUAAACCGAGCAUUCAGUGGCUAAUCAAUGGCCAACCCAUCGACAGCUCUCUGCCCAAUCCUAGUCGACAAAUGAUGGGCGACACCAUCAUCUUCCGCUCGGUGCAGAUGGGAAGCAGUGGAGUGUACCAGUGCAAUGCCUCCAACCAACACGGUUAUCUGCUGGCCAAUGCCUUCGUCAGUGUCCUCGAUAUGCCUCCAAGGAUGCUUGGCCCUAAAAACCAACUGAUUAAAGUCAUUGAGAACAACCGCACCUUUCUCGACUGUCCCUUCUUUGGUUCUCCUUUGCCUGUCUUACGAUGGUUUAAGAACGGACAGGGCAGUGGCCUGGAUGGCGGUCUGUACCGUGUGUAUGUUAACGGAACCCUGGAGAUCAAACGGGCCCGAGCUGAGGACGAAGGAACCUACACCUGUCUGGCCAACAACAUUUUAGGCAUGGCCGAAAACCAGGUCCGCCUGGAGGUCAAAGAGCCGACCCGCAUCAUUGGUCCUCCUGAGCACCAAUCCGCCAUCAGAGGUUCGACAGUUCGCUUUGAGUGUAAAGUGAAGUCUGAUGCCAGCCUGCCCAUCGCUGUGGUCUGGACGAAGGAUGACAAACCUCUCUAUCAGGGAUGGAGGCUGAAGAAGGAUGAUGAAUCAUUGACCAUAUCCAACAUCAACGAGGGCGAUGAGGGAACUUACACGUGUGCUGUUAAAUCGGAGAUUGAUCAGGACUCGGCGUCGGCCCGUCUCACUGUUUUAGAGGAAGCCUCCCUCAACCCCUCACUUUCUAGUGCCUUGCCUCCAGGCCACCCAGACCCUCCAAUGGAUCUCGAUCUGUCAGAUCCAGCAGCUCGCAGUGUUCGCCUCACCUGGAUCCCUGGAAACGACCACAGAAGCCCUGUUACAGAGUUUUUGGUCCAGUUUGAGGAGAACCACUGGGAGCCAGGCAGAUGGCAAGACUUGGCCACCUACCCCGGAGACCUCAACUCCGUCAUUCUGCAACUUGCUCCCUUUGUCAACUACCAGUUCAGAGUCAUUGCCGUUAACACGGUGGGUCAGAGUGAGCCAAGCUACCCCUCACCACGAUACAAAACCAGUAGCGCUGCUCCAGAUGUCAUUCCUCGAGGCCUCCGAGGCUGGGGCUCUGAGAAAAACAACAUGGAGAUCAUUUGGGAGCCUCUGCUUGACCUGGAGAAAAACGGUCCAAACCUGAAAUAUAUUGUGUGGUGGAGGCAGAAGGAUUCUGAUGCGGAAUGGAAUAAUGUGACGACACUCGGAACCAAAGUUGUUGUCCACAACACAAAAACCUAUGUGCCCUAUGAGAUUAAAAUCCAGGCCACAAAUGAUAUCGGACCAGGACCGGAGUCUAAUGUGGUCAUUGGAUACUCAGGAGAAGACAAACCCACCAAUGCCCCUACUGAAUUGCGUAUUUCAAAGGUGGACAGUACCAAAGGACACAUCCACUGGAAGCCUGUGGACCUGGUCUCUGUCCAAGGAGAAUUUAAGGAGUACAGAUUGUACUACUCUCGGGAGUCCAGUCAUGUUCCAGGUCUGCUGGUCAGGAAGGAGAACAAGACCAAAGGGUUCUACACGACCAUGGCUGAGCCAUCUGCCAUCCUUAGUGGGCUUGUUCCCUUUUCGCGGUACAAGAUGUUCAUGGUUGUAGCUAAUACUCGUUACGAGGGGCCGUCCAGCAACACAGUUGAAUUUAGCACCAAGGAGGGAGUGCCAGAUGCUCCUCGGUUCUUCCGCAUCAAUCGAAGGGGCUUUGAUACCAUCCACCUGCAGUGGGACAAACCUCUGGAACCAAACGGCGUUCUGAUAGGAUACCGGCUAAAGUACCAUACAGUCAACGGAUCCAGGGAGGGUCGUCCCCAGAUCGAGACUUUCCAUCCGAACGUGACUGAGUACACAAUGCGCCUGCCUGACCGAUCCACUCGCUACAACUUCUACCUGUCAGCGCUCACACAGGUGGGAGCAGGCGAGGUCUUUGCGGAGGAGUCCCCCUUCUUUGCCAACGAGGAAAACUUUACUGAUGCUGCAGGUCUAGUUGAGCUUACGGAUGCCUCUUUGUCUUCAGCUUUUACUGUUACUUCUACUCCUCUUGCUGCUCUUCCUCCUACUACUGCUGCUCCUACAACCAAUAGUACCUCAACCGCCACAACCCCUACUCCUUCCGCUACCACUAUUACAACUACUACUACUACUACUACUACUACUACAGCAACAACUACAGCAUCAACAACUACCAUCGCUACAACUGAGGCGCCCACUACCACCCCACCUCCCGUGCUGAUCAUCAACAAGAAUAUUGAUAAGAAUGUGUUGGCGGCCCCCGGGAGAGAGAUCUGGAAUCUGACGGUGGAGCGUAACAGUAACUACGUUAAUGUCAGCUGGAGACACAACUUCCCGCCCGGCAGCAGCAAGUUUGUGCUAGAGUUCACACUGGACAGCGACAAGACAAAAAUUGAACAGGUGACACAACAGCCCCCCAUUACGGUGGCAGAUUUGAUGGCAGGCGCCAUGUACCAUCUGAGGGUUUACUCCCAUGAACACAGCAGCGUCAUCAGCGACACUGUCACCUUUAAUACCAAAGCAGCCUACAUCGACCAGGUAGACAUCGCCACUCAGGGCUGGUUCAUUGGCUUGAUGUGCGCCAUCGCCCUCAUCAUCCUCAUCCUCCUUAUAGUCUGCUUCAUCAAAAGGAGCCGUGGAGGCAAAUAUCCAGUUCGAGAUAAAAAAGAGCUUCCUUUGGACUCUGUUGAUCAGAAAGACCCGGAUGGAUCCUUUGAUUACCAGAGCGACGAGGACAACAAGCCUCUGCAAGGUAGCCAAACAUCACUAGAGGGACACGUGAAGGAGAGUGAUGACAGCCUGGUGGACUACGGCGAAGGCGGCGACGGCCAGUUUAACGAGGACGGCUCGUUCAUCGGACAGUACACGGUGAAGAAGGACAAAGACGAAACAGAAGGCAACGAGAGCUCGGAGGCCACCUCGCCCGUCAACGCCAUCUACUCCCUGGCAUAGUGCACACUUUGGAGUGUUCCGGCAAAGCAUGACACAAACACACCCAGAUGAAUACCACAUCACUCAUGAGACGAACGGGGCCGGCGACUGCGGUACAACGAAGAGACAAAGUAGCGCUCAUGCCUUUCUUUUCCAUUUCCAGAUGUAGGAAAUUGGUCCGGUGGAUAAGACAUUUGGACAAAGUGCUCAUGUUUCUUUGUGCUCAGCCUGCCCUUUAUCCGCACAGACUUCAAGUGUGCCUUCAGCGUUUGGAGGCAUGGAAAAGCGCUCUGUAGACUUGUUCCUAUCUUAAUUUUCCCAGUGAGGUUCCCCAACAUAUCAGCCUAUCACCAUCAAGAAUGCUAGCAGAUAUGUUUAUCAUAUUGAUAUGUGCACAAUGAAAGAUUUGAUUUUUUUCCACAGCUGGUAGAAGACUCACGAACGCUGUACAAAGUCCUGGCACACAAUUUAGUGCCCCCCGCCCCGAAAUCUAUGCACUACCACCACCCCCAUGCCGUUCCAUACUGCUUAGUAAAAAAAAGUACACCUCUUUUUUAUACCACUUGCAGGGUAUAUCACAUGCUUCUACUCUCUUUGCCUUUUACACUGUGGUGGAAAUGCUUUUCUGACCUCUAAUCCAACGCUAUAGUGCGCAUUUCUAAGACGGCAUCCACAAGAAAAGCCAUAGAUGCCGCUCACGGCGAGCUGAAAAUGUAUCCAUUAGCAUGUCAUUUAAUGCAAGGAAACUGGGACGGGACUGAGUGGAGUUGGCUUUGCUUGAGGAACACCAGAAGACAACGUGAACUCUCUCGUAAGCAUGCUGUCAUGAUCAUUAUCCUUUGAUUUGAUUCCGACGCGGCAUCGUCCAUUUAACUCAAUAAGCUCCUAAUCGCACAUUAGACGCAAAAAUAGAUAGAUAGUAUAUAUUAUACCGCUUUCCUACGUCUAUUUUCUUAAUGAUGACAGCAGCACCUCUUGGUUUGUAGCUAAGAUCAGUUCAGUCUCAGCAUCGGCCAUGAAUGCAGCAUGACAAGACUUAUGUUUACAUUCAACUUCCAUACCACUCAUAUUGAUAUCGAGAACAUGCACUGUGACUCCCUGUAAGUCCCUGCUGGUGUAAUGGUACAGCUGCUGCCUUUGAAGGCAGCGGGUGUAUGAUCGAUCCCAGCCCAAUCUCUAUUCACAGGGCAGCCCCUCCCUGCAUGUAGAGCAUGCACUGUCACGUUUGUCAGUCCCUUCUGGUGUAACAGUACAGCUGCUGCCUUUCAACACAGAGGGUGUGGGAUCUAUCCCAGCACCAUCAUCUACUCACAGGGUCACCCCUCCGUCCAUGCAGAACAUCCACUGUCAGCACCUGCUGGUGUAAUGGUACAGCUGCUGCCUUUUAAGGCUUUUUGGCUUUCAAGCCGGAGGUGUCGCAAAAGUAACCACAGGGCUAAGUGUUCAUAGCGACGUCGCUUUUUGACCCCUGGAUGUCGGCUCUUCUUAUCAUUGUGAAGCACAGUUCACCAAGCGUUGGAUUGUUCACCCACUAUUAGGAAACGUGAGCUGGGUUAGUUUGACCCUACUGAUGGUGUCUUGUUGCAAUAGUAAUUACAAAAAACUAGCCUGCACGCGACAGUCCCUGCUGGUGUAAUGGUACAGCUGCUCCCUUUUACGGCAGAUGGUGUGGGAUCGAUCGCGGCCCAGUACCAAAAAAUGUUAUUUUGUCAGAAAUUAUGUACUAAAAGUAGUUAUUUUGCACUAAAAGUAAUUUGUGUACAAAAUUGGUUUCCCAUGUCCGUAUUCAUAAUACUCCAAAACGUGCAUGAACUAUUUACGGAUUUGGCCAGGGGUGGCCCUGUCCAUUAGGGUACAAGGUGUAAUGCUCCUCCUGUCAAGAGAAAGUACACACAACAAAAAUAUAAAUGCAACAUUUUUGUUUUUGCUCCCAUUUUUCAUGAGCUGAACUCAAUGAUCUAAAACUUCUUCAAUGUACACAAAAGGCCGAUCUCUCUCAAAUCUUCUUUGCAAGUCGGUCUAAAUCUGUCCGGGUGGCUCGUCGCAGACGAUGUUGGUGGUGAAGAUGCUGGAAUGUGUACGUCCUGGGCCGGCGUGGUUGCACUUGCUGUGCGGGUGGAGGCCGGGUGGACGUACAGUAUUGCCAAAAGUGGAUGGAUUCUCUUAGCAAAGUAGAUGUGCUCCCAAACACACAUUUGUGUAGAAUAUUUGAGAGAAACAGGCCUUUUGUGUACUUAGAAACAUUUUUGCAUCUCUUACUUCAGCUCAUGAAGGAUGGGGGCAAAAACAAGUGUUGUGUUUAUAUUUUUGUUGGGUGUCGUUAUAAUAUCACACACGUAUCAAAGCAAAUGAUCCAUUUUUAUUUGCGUAGCGCUGUGUGUGUGUGUGUGUGCGUGUGUGUGUGCGCGAGUGUGUGUGUGUGUGUGUGCGUGCGUGCGUGCGUGUGUGUCCUCAUCAUAAAAGCAAGAGGAUUUGCACUAGUUGGAUUUUUUUUGGCACCUUUGCAUCAACAAUGUUCUUCAAGUUUAUUGUGAAGCCAUCUUUUAUUAAUGUUGGUCGAAAUAUAAUGAAUUUCUAAACCGCUUUAGGGAUACCGGCAUGAAAAAUGACAUCAUUUCACACAAAAUCUUGGGAACAUUACGGUGCUCCUGAGUAAGAGUUGUUUAUGUACAGUGGAACUCAACAUGAUUCAACCCCCGUUUCCAUGUGUUGCCACUCUGUCAUAUGAGAUGUGUUGUUUUGUUGGUGUUUACCAACAAAUACAGUGGAGCCUCGCUUUUUGUUAUUCAUUCGUUCCAAACGGUCAGACAAAACCGAAACGUAUGAAAACCCCGGGUCAUUUUUCCCAUAGGAAGUCAUCUCAAUUCAAUUAAUCCAUUCACACCCAAAACUAUGGACAGAAAAUAUAGAGAAUUGUAGUUUUACAUGCAGAAAACAAUGCGAAAUCAUCAUCAAUAACGAAUGGAUGGACGUUGUUGUUGAUGCAGGCUUCCUGUCCAAGAUCAAAUUCAAGAGUGUUUCUCAAGUGCUGGCACUUGCAACUUUCUUUGGCCCCAUGGUGGGUUAUUUAGCAAUGACGGAGUAUUAGGUUGAAUAAAAAAGGAUCAUCUGAGAUUUCGAGAAUAACGUAAAUUUACAAGAGAAAAAGUCGUACAUUUACGAGAAUAAAGUCGUAAAAUUUCCGAGACAAAAGUCAUAAUAUUACCUUUGCCCAAGGCUUUUCAAAGCUGUCUCAGGCGAUGCCUGUUACGACGGAGUACUAAAAUUAUUUGAGAUUUCAAGAAUAAAGUCGUAAAUUUAUCUUAGGGUCUGAGACGGCUAUGGAAAGGGGGGACUUAUGUGACCUUUGGCCUUGGGCAUGUGGAGGGGGAAGGAAGGCAAAAAUGAGAAGGGCUAGCUAGCCAUGCUAAUCUGUGCUCAACUGCUCUGUUUCGCUGCCACGUUAUAAAUAAAAACUUGCCUGAAGCAAGAGAAAAGUUUCCUUUCUUCCUGAAGAGCUAUGCCCUAUUUUCCGUCUGACACGUACGACGCCAUGACACGUAACAUUACGACUUUAUUCCUGUAAUAUUACAACGUUUAAAAUAAAUGUAUGCCUUUAUUUUCAUAAAAUCUACGACUUUAUUAUGGUAAAUUUCCGAUUUUAUUCUCAUAAAUUUAUGACUUUAUUCUCAUAAAAUUCACGUCUUUUUUUCUCAUAAAUGUACUACUUUUUCCCAUAAAACUUGUGACUUCAUUCUUGUACCUUUCCGACUUUAUUCUGGAAAUCUCACAUUUUGUUUGCUUUCAAUGUGGCCCUAAUAAGUCCGCCGUAUUUAGCAGUCACACGCAAUAAAAAAUACACAAACAGUAAGUCAGCAACGUGUCGGGUGCUUUAUUUGGCCGCUUGAUUUCACCGAACGAUACUAGCUAACUAGCUAACUAAUGUAUGAAAAGCGAGGCCAAAUUUUGGCGACAUUUGUGGACCAAAAUCGAGGUUUGACAUUAAGUAUCAUUUACAAUGCGGGCUGAAUCAUCUUGAGUGCUUGGUGUUCCCCGUCUGUGUCAUGUGGUUGACUCCAGCAGUAUCAGCUGCUACUCCACAACUCUCGUACUUUGAAAUCCAUCAGAUCUUGACUGCAGUUGGCAACUGGAGUAUUUGAUAUUAUUUAUUGCUUUAUGCGCAUAGUCUUAAUAUAUGAAUCCUUUGUUUCAUAAUUGUUCUAUGAAUAUUGUUGACCAAUUUAUCCCUGUUGUUUUACACGAGGACUUCAGAAAAUGUUUUUUCAUGCCAUCUUUUUCAGUACGUAGCAGCUUGCCUUCCUGAAUCAACUCAUGAAGCCUGUCAUUGCGUUCCAUGUGCUGCUCAUGUUGUAUUCCUCUUAUUAUUCAUAUUUAUGUCCACCACGCAGGAGACGACUAUUGUUGUACAUUUAUUUGGCAUAUAUUCUGUACAUUUGCUUCCAGGGAAAAAAAAAAAAAAAAAAAAGCUCUCUUGUAAAUAUUUGCCACAUGUCCCCGUCAUGAGAAUUGCGAUGAGCGUAUCUUCAGUCUAUCAUGUACCUUUGUAAUGUAACUUGUACUAACCUUUGCACUCUGGAAAAGUAACAAAAACCACGCCCCAAUUCAUGUUCGCGUUUGCUUUGACACAUUGUAAUAUACCGUUGAAAGUCCAGCAGUGUCCUUGUAUGGAUGCUUUGUAGUCUCCAUGUCGCCACAGUACUGCUGCCAUGUACUCUUUGUACAACUUGACACCGGUUCUGUUUUUGAUUUUAAUGGACAGAAUUUGUCUCAUCAAGUUUCCUAAUAAUAAUAAUAAUAAUAAUAUUUGACUUAGCUGCGUGUGAAGCUUCUGGGAUGAGGAGCAUCCUGGUGAAGAGAGAUGGAGCAGCCGGGAGGAGGCCCUGGGGUAGACCUGGAAGACACACAAAAGCUUUUUUCAGUCAAGUACCUCCACCUCACCAGAGAAAAGCAUUUUUGUUGUCAAACGCGGCGUUGUAGCAUCCCUCUGCUUUGUGACUGUCCACAGCAGUCCUCAUCUGUACUGGUCUUGUUUGGAGCAUUUGGAAAUAAAAAAGAAUACAUCAAAAAGAACUUGACUUGUACACAAGGAAAUCAUUCAUUUCAUCACAAAUAAAGCUUUGUGCAUAUAAAAUAAUUAGCCACUUGAAGGUGCCCUCUUGUAGGAUUAU